AUAAAACAAAGAGAAAAAAUCACGAUGGGAAGAUCUCCUUGCUGUGAUGAGAAUGGUCUCAAAAAGGGCCCUUGGACCCCUGAAGAAGAUAAGAAGUUGGUCGAACAUAUUCAAAGACGUGGGCAUGAAAGCUGGAGAUCUCUCCCUAAGCUUGCAGGCCUGAAUAGAUGUGGGAAGAGUUGCAGAUUAAGAUGGACAAAUUACUUGCGGCCUGAUAUAAAGAGAGGGAAGUUCUCCAAAGAAGAAGAAGAGACUAUUCUCAAUCUCCAUUCCAUCCUUGGAAACAAAUGGUCCACGAUCGCAACGCAUCUCCCGGGCCGAACAGACAAUGAAAUCAAGAAUUUUUGGAACACCCAUCUAAAGAAGAAUCUGAUUAAGAUGGGUUAUGAUCCAGUGACCCACUUACCACGGACCAAUCUCUUCGCUAGCUUGCAACAACUGAUUGCCAUUGCCAAUCUGAAAGAGGUGAUCAUGGACUAUCAUCACCGGCCAUUGGAAGAACAGGUGGCUAUAUUACAAGAAGCUGUCGAAUUAGCCAAGCAUGAGUCCAUGCAAUGCCUCCUUCAAUCGACGGCCACGAUGACAAGGACAUCAGACGGCUUACAUACCAUUGAGGGCAUGGAAGCCAUCAAUCUGUUGAAUUCAGUGCCAUUAAACAAAGAGAUCAUGCUGUCCCAACCUUGCCUGUUGGAAAAUACUUCUCCAACCGUUCCAUCACAACCGUUGAAUGAUCAAAUGCCCUUAAAUCAUCAAUCAGAUCAAGUUCAAUUACCGUGCGAUUUUUGGCCACCCAUGAACAAUGAAAUAGACCAAGAUUUCAACUUUACAGUGUUUGGCCAUGAAUAUACCACACCCAAAUCCUCAUUAUCCCUUCCUUUUACUGACCUUCUCACAGAGAAAUCAAUCAGCAAUGGUGAUGGUGGUGAUUGCAUUACUUCUAGCUAUGAAGGAGCUGCUCCUCCCUUUUUCUUUGACCUUCAUGAAGACCCUUUUCUUCUUGAUAUUGCUUAGAUCCUGAUAAGUGCACCUGCGGGCUGCAACCAUCAAAUUGCGAGAUCAGAACUGUUCAUCAGGUGGGCCCCACAGUGCAUAUAAAGAUCAGAAGUGUGGCCCGCUCU